GGUCCCUUUAAGGCUUAGACCCCGUGCAGAGGAGCCGCUCGGCAGCCGGGACUCGGUGACAGCUCCAGCCGGAGGAGGUAGAGGGAGCCGGGCUGCACAGCAAUGCUCACUGACCCCGACUUACCCCCGGAGUUUGAAAGGAUGUCUUCCAAGCGGCCAGCCUCUCCGUAUGGAGAAGCAGAUGGAGAGGUAGCCAUGGUGACAAGCCGGCAGAAAAUGGAAGAAGGGGAGAGCGACGGACUGCCAGCGUUCCACCUUCCGCUGCUCGUCAAUUUCCCCAGCAAACCCCAUUCCGAGGAGUUCCAGGCCGUGUCUCUGCUGACGCAGGAAGCGUGCGAGCGCAGGAGUCCUACGCAUCCGCACCACAGCAUGGAAGUUGAUGGCAAUAAGAUGAUGUCUUCAUUUGCUCCGCACAACGCAGCUACCUCACCCCUGAAGGCCGAAGACGGCAUGCGCCAGAGCAGCGACUCCAACACCGGCCUGGGGACCCCCGAGCGGCGCAAGGGUAGCCUGGCGGACGUGGUCGAUACACUGAAGCAGAGGAAAAUGGAGGAGCUCAUUAAAAGCGAACCAGAAGAAGCUCCGAGUAUCGAGAAGCUCCUGUCCAAGGAUUGGAAAGACAAGCUCCUCGCCAUGGGCUCGGGGAACCUUGGAGACGUUAAAGGAACCCCAGAAAGCCUAGCGGAGAAGGAGCGCCAGCUCAUGGGGAUGAUUAAUCAGCUGACCAGUUUACGGGAGCAGCUUCUGGCCGCACACGACGAGCAGAAGAAACUGGCGGCAUCUCAAAUAGAGAAACAGCGGCAGCAAAUGGAGCUGGCCAAGCAGCAGCAGGAGCAGAUCGCGAGACAACAGCAGCAGCUCCUCCAGCAGCAACACAAAAUCAACCUCCUGCAGCAGCAGAUCCAGGUUCAGGGUCAGCUCCCCCCUUUGAUGAUUCCAGUGUUUCCCCCGGACCAGAGGACGUUCGCAGCCGCUGCGGCCGCUCAGCAAGGAUUCCUCAUCCCUCCGGGCUUCAGCUACAAGGCUGGAUGCAGUGACCCAUACCCCGUUCAGCUGAUUCCAACUACCAUGGCAGCAGCUGCCGCAGCAACCCCCGGCUUAGGACCGCUGCAGCUACAGCAGUUGUACGCCGCGCAGUUGGCCGCCAUGCAGGUCUCUCCGGGAAACAAGUUAGCAGGCGUGCCGCAGAGUAAUCUCAGCUCCUCCAUGUCCCCGACCGGCAUGCACACGGAGAAGAGCGCCAGCAGCCCGCCGCCCAAAGCCAAGGACGACGGGGCGCAACCCUUGAACCUUUCAGCCAGACCCAAAACAUCGGAGAGCAGAUCCCCCGCGUCGCCCACCCCACCGCACACCCCAACUUCGAGGAUAAGCGGCGGGGGCAACUCACACAAUCACAAGCCAUCGAUCCCCUCGUCCCUGGCCAGCUCCUCCGUCAGAGUCAAUUCAAUAGACAUUUUGUCCUCUAUAACGUCGCCGAGUUACCUGAAUGACCACGAGGCGGUAACCAAGGCGAUCCAGGAAGCGCGGCAGAUGAAGGAGCAGCUCCGGCGGGAGCAGCAGGUCCUGGACGGGAAGGUGGUCGGCAGCCUCGGUCUGAAUAACUGCAGAUCUGAAAAGGAAAAAGCAUCGCUGGAAAGUCUGAGUCAACAGCUCGGCGUGAAGCAGAAUGACGAGGGCAAGUUCAGCCAUUCUAUGAUGGACUUCAACCUGAGCGGAGAUUCGGACGGCAGCGCAGGAGUGUCCGAAUCCAGAAUAUAUCGGGAAUCCCGAGGGCGCGGAAGCAGCGAGCCGCACAUUAAACGUCCCAUGAACGCCUUCAUGGUGUGGGCGAAAGACGAGCGGCGGAAGAUCCUGCAGGCGUUCCCCGAUAUGCACAACUCCAAUAUCAGCAAAAUAUUAGGUUCCCGCUGGAAAGCGAUGACGAACCUAGAGAAGCAGCCGUACUACGAGGAGCAAGCGAGGCUCAGCAAGCAGCACCUGGAGAAAUACCCCGACUACAAGUACAAGCCGAGGCCGAAGAGAACCUGCCUGGUGGACGGCAAGAAGCUGCGGAUCGGAGAGUACAAAGCGAUCAUGCGCAACAGGCGCCAGGAAAUGAGGCAGUAUUUCAACGUCGGGCAACAAGCACAGAUUCCCAUCUCCACGGCCGGCGUGGUGUACCCGGGAGCCAUUUCUAUGGUGGGAAUGUCCUCUCCGCAUCUGCCGUCCGAGCACUCGAGCGUAUCGAGCAGUCCCGAGCCCGGCUUGCCGGUCAUCCAGAGCACUUACGGCAUUAAGGGGGAAGAAGCUCACAUCAAGGAGGAAAUCCAGGCCGAGGACAUCAACGGCGAAACGUACGACGACUUCGAAGAGGAAGAUGACCCAGAGGUAGACUAUGGCAGCGACAGCGAGCAUCACAUCGCGGAGCAAGCCAACUGAUGGCGGCCGACUCGCAAGUGACUGGAUAAGCCCGUCCCGGCUCACCCGCACCAGCGGCGAAGCACAUGGCCCUUCUCAUACACUGACUGUUACUUUAACUCUUAUUACAAAAAAAACAAAGUGAACCGUUGGGACAUCGACCGACGGACAGACUCGGGUCAGCACCGGCCGGCCCGACGACGAGGAAACGAUUCUCCACCAAAAGAAUGAAAUAAGCUAUGGGUAAAAUACUUGCCAGUGAUUGGGCUGCCGCCUCACAGCACGGAAGUCUUACCCGUCAACUUUUUUUUUUGUUUUUCAUUAAAAAAAGAAAAACUUUAAACAAAAAAAAAAACAAACUUUAUGGCUGUUUGUUCUACAAUGUUCUAGAAAAUCUCACUCAGGUACACAGUGCCAACAAGUGGCUUGUGAAUGUGUUUUGUUGUUUUGUGCUACAGUUUUAAGAGGAAUAAGAGUUUUUUGGUAAGAAAAAAAAUAUGUAAUAGAUAACCCUUUGCUGCCCUUCCUUUUUUUCCUGUGCAUUGCAGGGCGAAUCCCAGUUUUUGUUUUUUUUUUCCUUUUUCCACCGCGGACGUCUCUUCAUCAAUGCCCUCGACGCACCUUUUAGCAAGUGCCAAAUUUGUACUGAAGAAUCCGUCCAUCCUGGUCGUCUAACGCAAGGACGCGGCUUUUACGUCUUAGACAAUCUCUUAACGGAUACACCAGCGCUCGGUGCAUUAAAUCGUUUUUUUACAAUGAAAAGGGAAGGCAAAAGACAUGAACUAGAGAUAAAAAAAAAUGUAUUUCACGGCUCGGGUUUGCGUGUGAGCGUGUUAUGGUACUAAUAAUACGUUGGUCCGUGAUAAACAGAACUGUGUUUUGGGACAGAAUCCCGCAUUCUAUAUGGGACCCGAUGAGAAGCCUUUAUUUCCUUAUUGCACUUCAA